AUGUGGUUGCCCACGCCUUCGGUCGAGAGCAUAACCCGGCCGCGGUUGGCCGUGGCAGUUGUGGCUGCUGUCGCCGCUGCCUCAGUAGGAUACUACACAUAUCAGAGCCGCACAUCGCCAACAUUCGAAGCCAUCCCUGGCAGUUUGCACAGGAGCAACGCCGUACGCCGCCGUCAUCGCCAUAUUAGGGCCCCCUCCGAGUCUAGCGCAUCUUCGGAGCCACCGGGUGAUGAGAAUGUCGAACUCGAUACUGUACGGCCUGUUGACGCCGAGACCACGGUGGAAGGCGGGACAGACGAAUGGUGGAACGAACCAGGCGGCUUCCCUUCAAACCAGCGAGCUGGUCAUAAUAUUGUGAAUCUUUUGUUCCGUGUUUCAGAAGACAACGCACGGAGGAACGGCUGCGUGCACCGUGGCUGUCAGUGCAACGCCUGCGGCAUGGUUCCCAUCCGAGGAGUGCGUUAUCGUUGCGCAAACUGUGCCGACUUUGAUCUGUGCGAAACUUGCGAAGCCCAGGGCGUCCACAUCAAAACCCACAUCUUUUACAAGAUCCGCGCACCGGCGCCGCCCUUUGCCCCUAGGCAGAUGCAGCCGGUCUGGUACACUGGAGACCCUGACACCUGCAGGCGCAAUCUACCGCGCGGGCUGAUACCCAAAUUGUCACGGGAGACGGGUUUUGAACGGCCAGAGCUCGAGGCAUUCUGGGAGCAAUGGACCUUUAUGGCCAACACGGAAUGGAGAGACGACCCUGACGACCUUGGUCUGGCCAUGGACCGCAAAACUUUUGAGCGCUGCCUUGUACCUCUGGGAGGAUCUCGCCAUGCAGCUCCGAAUCUCAUCCAUGACCGCAUGUUCUCUUUCUAUGACUCCAACAAUGAUGAUUUGAUCGGCUUCACUGAGUUUCUACACGGCUUGUCAUACAGGAAACGAAAGGACAAGUUACGCAAGAUUUUUGCUGGCUAUGACUUGGAUGGCGAUGGUUACGUUGACCGAAAGGACUUUUUGCGCAUGUUCCGCGCAUACUACGUCCUUUACAAACAGAUGCAUAAGGAUAUUCUGGAUGGUCUUCAGGGCCAGCUACUCGCUAGUACCGAUGCUCUGCAACUUGUUACCGGUCGCCAACCUCUUAGCAGUCUGUUUGGCCGCGAAGGACGGGUUCCAGCAGGAGAGGGAGGAAUCCGGUAUGAAGGCAAGACAUACCAGCGUGACGGGAGUGUGGAAAUUGCGGACGGGCAUGAGGGAGUUGUUGCCGAGAACGGGGAGGACACAGCCGCACGGGGCGACAUGUUGACCACCCUGUUUGCCUGUGACACGGACCCUCCCUCUCGAAGACGAUAUAUUACACGGAGCGAUACUGACAGCAACUGGCGAACGAUGCGGACUGCGAGCGAAGCAGAUCGCACGUACUGGGUUACACUAAUGGAGCCUCCAACAACACUGGAUGAGUUGCCAGGUCUCGUAUUGGACAAUACGAAUCUGGAAAUUGAGGAGCCCAGCGAUGAUGAUGAAGAUGACGACGGCAACGUCAGGAACAGACGUACUGGCGCAAAUGAAAACGGAGAUAAUGCAGGCCCGUCACAGACAGAGAGCGAGGCCAGAGCCGAAAUGGCCGCUGAAUAUCGAAGCAAGUUGCCCAGGCUGGAAAAGAAGAAGAGAGACAUGGCGCGGAAAGCGUUGCAUGAUCGAUGGAUGAGACGCCAGUUCUACCUCGAUGAGGAAGAGGGAGGAUCUGCUCCUGACGACUGGCCCGAAAGUGAGGAUAUUCUGAUGGACCUUCGCCGGAUGGAUGAGAGUGCCAGUACCGAUGGUGAAACCAGCUCACCUACAACACCGACAAGCUCCAAAGUUCGAUUCGCCAAUGGCAACGCGGGCGAAUCGAGCAAGUCUACCUCUCCAAGCAGCCCCUCGGAGCACAUUCCGCGCUGGAGGAUGCCCGAGGCUGAACAUGAUGCUGGCAAGGAGAUCCUUUACCAAGUUACCCAACAUGCCUUCAACGAACUGCUCGAUACCAUCUUCAAGCCAGCAGAGGAUGUUGCUGUGCAUGCUGCCGAGACCAAAGAGCAGAGAAAAAGAUACAAGGAGGUGCUCGACACGAUGGAGAUCAAUGACGAGGACGGUGCAAAGGCAUCCACAGGCGAUGGUGAUACGAUUGUCAGGCCAGCCACGGAUAAGACCCUUGAAGAGCUGUUGUCUGAGAGCGGAUACACAAUCGCCAUGCCCGAGGGCCGGAACGCAGUGGAAAUCGAGACUACGGUGGAAAUCAUCAGAGAGGAUGAGCCAGCAGAGCCCACGCCUAAAGCCGACACUGAUGCAAUCUUCACAUCCCCUGACUACCGAGAUCCAACUCUUCCUCAGUUCAGGCCCAACACCGCAGGGGAAGCUAAUAAUUUACCAAGACGCACAUGGUACCCCAUUACACAACCCGUCUCAAACGAGACCUCAGAGGAGGAACAUGGUGAAAGAGCUGGCACGGGGACAGAAAGUGCCCCUACACCAAUGACACUACGACACUGGAAGUGGCUCAGCCUGGCAGAGGCCCAAGCGAUUAAGAGGGGCGGCUGGGGCAAACUGAGCUUUGAUGAAUUCGAGGCCAUAUACAAGAGCCAGGAACACCAGGGCAACCGACUGGACUAUCUCGGAAGUUGGAUUGACUUUUGCAUCCCUUAG